CUCGAGUUCAGUCAGUAUGACAGUAAACUUAUUUUAUUGAUUGUGAUCAAUCAUCAAAUAAAAAAUGAGAGGAUUUGGGGGAAAUAAUUUAAGUUUAGUUUAGUUAACUUUAACCAAAUAUCCCACAAUUUCAUCGAAAUAGUUUGAAUUAACAUUAAAAGGGUGUGUUCAGAAAAAAAAUACAUAAAACACGAUCAUAACUACUUUUGUUAUGACAUAUAAAACAAAUUAAAAACAUAAUUUUUGUUUAUAAUUAAAAAUGGGUUCCGAACAAUCAAUGCCUCCAAAAAAGCAGCCGCAAAGGGCUCCACCAGUACGUAGAGGACAUACGAUAGCAACUUCUAAUUUUCCAGAUACAAGGAGACCUGAACCAUCACCGAGUGGAAACAACUCUCCCGGAGCCAGUAUGUGCUCCGAUUCUGAACUGCCUUAUAUAUCAUAUACUGUGGAUAGACCUAUUGGAGAUUCACCCAAAAAUUCGGCAAAAACGCAACGAUCUGACAGUAAGAAGUCUCUCCUCCAACGGAGGCAGCUGAGCUUACAAGCGAGAAGGAACAAAAGAGCUCGAGACAUCGUCGUCGUUAAGCCAGCGACAGACACGCAAUUGGACGAAGAUAUCAGGAGAUUACAGGAAAUACCAACGUUUCUACCGAUUAUGCGAGGGACGCUCGGCUUACCGGGUGCAAAAGAUCCUGAAGUGCUUGAAGGUCUAGAUCCGAGACCGUGGGUCAGGAUGACUACGCGAAUCCAAGCUCACUUAUCCGCUUGCGCUCAGCCGCUGGCUGCCGAGGAGAUCCACUUGGCAAACAAGAUUAAGGAGGCGGAUUCGGAAAUAACACGUCUCUAUUCAACAACGGUGGAGAAACAGAGAUGCAACGCGCGUCACGCCGAGAGGCUGUCGCGGGUGAGGGAGGUAUCUCAUCAGCUAUCGAGGUGCAAUUCAUUGCUGAACCAGACCCUACAAGAUAUAGAAGAAUUGAACCAGUUGUUACCGGAGAAUAAGAGAUUGGAGCCGUUUGUAUGGAACGAACAAAAAGUUUGAAAUAAAUAAUUUAAUAGUUGAGAAUUAUUGUAAAUAUUUGCUAGGAUUUGAAAUAUUAAAUAUGAAUGUAUUAUGAUUUUAUGAACUGAUGAGUUUCGAUGUUCAAACGUCGUAUAACACUCGUAAUAUAAGAACAGGAUGGAACCUUGUAUAAGUAAAUCGCUUUUUUGUUUUGUAUUGAAAAGUGCAACCAAAACAUGUUCGAG